CCCCAGGCGAAACGAAAACCCCCAUACCAUACCAUACGCCCGCACGCACCGUCCCACUGACCCGCGGAAAGCACCGCCCCCGCUCCCGCCCUCCCUCCCAUACCACCUCCCACACGCGGCCAAAGCCAAAGCAAGCUGUGAAGCCGAGCCGUAGUAGGUAGCGGGUUGUCGUCGUCGGCGGCGAUGGUGACGACGGCGCUGGACGCGAUGGCGGGGACGGCGUGGGGACGGUGGCUGGGGCUGGUGGCGGCGGUGUGGGUGCAGUGCAUCUCGGGCAACAACUACACCUUCUCCAACUACUCCGACUCCAUCAAGACGCUCAUGGGCCUCACCCAGCUGCAGCUCAACGGCCUCUCCGUCGCCAAGGACGUCGGCAAGGCGUUCGGCCUGCUGGCCGGGCUCGCCUCCGACCGCGUCCCCACCUGGCUCCUCCUCGCCGUCGGCUCCCUCGAGGGCUUCCUCGGCUACGGCGCGCAGUGGCUCGUCGUCUCCAGGGCCGUCGCGCCGCUGCCCUACUGGCAGAUGUGCGUCUGCCUCUGCCUCGGCGGCAACUCCACCACCUGGAUGAACACCGCCGUGCUCGUCACCUGCAUCCGCAACUUCCGGGGCAGCAGGGGCCCCGUCUCGGGCGUCCUCAAGGGGUACGUCGGCCUCAGCACCGCCAUCUUCACCGACGUCUGCUCCGCGCUCUUCGCCGACGACCCGGCCUCCUUCCUCGUCAUGCUCGCCGUCGUGCCCGCCGCCGUCUGCGCCGUCGCCAUGGUCUUCCUCCGCGAGGGCCGCGUGGCCGACUCUGACUGCACCGGUGCGGCCGGGGACGAGGCCGACGCGCGCGGGUUCGCGGCCAUCAGCACGCUCGCGGUCGCCAUCGCGCUCUACCUCCUGGCGGCCGACCUGACCGGCGUGGGGGGCGGCGGCGGGGUCGUGUCCACCGUCUUCGUGGCCGUGCUGAUGGUGCUCCUCGCGGCCCCGGUCGCCGUGCCGGCGUACGUGGGCUGGACGUCCUGGAUGAAGUCCCGCAAGGCGGCCAACGCCGACGCGGAGGACGCGGCCGCACCCCUGCUGCUCGACUCGAAGGCGGCGGCGGCGGCGCAGCAGGGCAGCGAGGCGGAGGAGGCGCGCGGGCCCGGGGAGCGGCCGCGGCUCGGGGAGGAGCACACGAUAGCGGAGGCGCUGGCGUCGGUGGACUUCUGGGUGCUCUUCUCGUCGUUCCUGAUGGGGGUGGGCACGGGGCUGGCGGUGAUGAACAACCUGGGGCAGAUGGGCGUGGCCAUGGGCUACGCCGACGUCUCCCUCUUCGUCUCCAUGACCAGCAUCUGGGGCUUCUUCGGCCGCAUCGCCUCUGGCACCAUCUCCGAGCACUUCAUCAAGACGAGGGCGCUGCCGCGGCCCGUGUGGAACGCGGCGUCGCAGGUGCUCAUGUGCGCAGGGUACGUGCUGAUGGCGUUCGGCAUGCCGGGAUCCCUCUUCGUCGGCUCGGUGGUGGUCGGCGUCUGCUACGGCGUGCGGCUGGCGGUCACCGUGCCCACGGCGUCGGAGCUGUUCGGCCUCAAGUACUACGGCCUCAUCUACAACAUCCUCAUCCUCAACCUGCCGCUCGGAUCCUUCCUCUUCUCGGGCCUCCUCGCGGGACUCCUCUACGACGCGGAGGCCACCAAGGUGCCCGGCGGUGGCAACACCUGCUCCGGCGCUCACUGCUACCGCCUCGUCUUCGUCGUCAUGGCCGCUGCCUGCGUCGUCGGCUUCGGCCUCGACGUGCUCCUCAGCCUCAGGACCAGGCGGGUCUACGCCAAGAUCCACCAGGCCAAGCGGGCCAAGAGGUUGGCCGCCGCCGCACAGAGGGUGAGCUAACCUCGCUGCCGCUCUUCUCAUGAGAAACUGCACAGUUUACAGCCUUUCAGGCUGAAGAACAGUCCUCUAAAUUUUGCGCAUCAGUUAAGGGGAUGCCUUGAUUAAGUGGAUACAUGCCUUGAUUCUUUGGGCAAAGAUGGAUAGUAUAGAUUCAAUUGGUAUACUCAUACUCAUACGUAUGGAUGGAUGGUAUACACUAUGGCUAUGUGCAUCGAUCUAUGCAAAUGCCACCAUUUUCUGAAAACAGAUUGUGUACUGCCAGGGAAGUUCAUAGGCUGCUAGAUGGAACUGUUGUUUUUGUUAGGUGAAGUAGAAUGCUCCUGCCUGAGAAGGCGUUGGAUCGUGUGGCUUUCCAACCCCUUUCAGUUUCGCAUGUAUCUUGCUGAGAAGGUUGUAAACUAGUACGGAGUACUAUGUUGCUGUUUGUAGCCAAUUCGGCAUUAGAUGUCGCAACAAUUCAAGUGCAUAUCUUUUCAUCA